AUGACUGUCACGUCUCGACCUCUAGUUCGGUCGAAUGAGGACAACCGAGCUGAGGAGUUUUUCCAGAUCCAAACCAUUACCCAGUGGACGGAAUUUUUCAAAUCGGAGCUCUGGGACCGAUACGUCCUACAGUUAUCAUUAACGGAGCCAUGUCUCCAGCACGCCAAGCUAGCCCUCGGAGCCAUGCACCGUUCACUUACCACCGACGCAACUGUCAAAGAAUAUGGACUCUUUGCCAUUCAACAAUACAACAAAGCGAUCUCGUACGUCGUGCGUCCUUCGAAGCCGUUGCAGCCUAUCGUUAUCCUCGUAGCUUGUUGGAUGUUUAGCUGCUUUGAAGUGAUGCGAGGCGACCAUAAGGUUUUGGGCCGCCAUCUGACCAGUGGUCUGCAAUUGAUCUCUUCUCGCAGCGGCGCAGGACAUGGAGACAUGGCCCCGGAGUACGCACCCGAUACCAAUGCAGAGAAUCGAGCCAUCUGGGACUGUCUCAUACAACAAUUCUCCCUCUUGGACUUACAGAUGACGAUAUAUGAGCCAGACUGGAUUGCUGCUUCGAUGCAAUACUACCAGCAACCUGGAGAAUCGUUUUCAUUCUCCUCGAUAAGCCAAGCUCGGCGUCAUUUGACAGCGUUACUGCUGAGAGUGAUAGAAAUAAAACGUCUAGAGAUGCGUCAAUUGGCAGGCGACGCAUUGGAGAAGGAAAGCAUCCCCAGCAAAAGACAGACCGUGCUGGCUGACCUGGACCGGUGGUCAAUUGCAUUUGAGUCUUUCGUCGGACGUGGAACAAGGACUCCGACAAAAGAAGACGUCCGAGCCGGGCAGCUACUUCAAAUCCAACACCUUGCCGGAUCCAUCCACCUCUCGGUCACUGCAUCGGACGAAGAAAUAAGCUACGAUAAACAUCUGCCUAAGUUUCAAAAACUUGUGUCCUUGUCUCGAGCACUGAUGGAGAGGUUGGAGAUUUCGAGCAUGAAACCCCCGAAAAUUAAGAAGUUUCUGUACGAGCACGGCGUGAUACCUUCAUUAUACCUGGCUGGCUAUAAAUGUCGCGAUCCCGUCGUCCGGCGUGAAGCCCAUUCGCAGCUUGCUUCGAUCCAAAGAAAGGAAGGGAUGUGGGAUAGCGACCUGAUGGCCAAGGUGGUGGGGCAUAUCAUUACUGUCGAAGAGAGCAACCGCCUCGUCUGUAGUUCUUCUGAUAUCCCUGAGGAGGGAAGAGUUUGGAGGGAAUUUAUCCAUGCUGGUGAAAGUUCCGAGCCCUGGAAAGUUAUCUUCGAAUUCAGGCUGAACGAUGGCAAUGGAACUAGGUUGGUCGAGAGGAGUCUAGACUGA